GUUACUCAUUGGUUAUCUGAACAACAAGCCCCGCCUUCAUGACGUUGUUAUUUAAAGGUACAGAGUGCCAACGCGGACUGAUCUGCUGUUCACACACUGCUAAGGAGAUUUUGCGAGAAGCACUCGAGAAACUGUAGAAUGAAGCUGCUGAGGUCCCUGGCCUCCAUCUGCCUGCUGGCGGCCGCGGCCCUCUCCGUCCCCACUCAGGAGAAGCGCGUCCAUCACCAGGCGGACCUGAGCGACCGCGCCCACGAUGAUUCUUAUGGCUUCCAGUACGAUCACGAGGCCUUCCUGGGAAAGGAGGAGGCCAAGACCUUCGACCAGCUGACGCCUGAGGAGAGCAAAGACAAGCUGGCGAUGAUUGUGGUCCGGAUCGACACUGAUAAGGACGGCUACAUCAGCCACGCUGAGCUGCACCACUGGAUCAAACACCGGCAGAGGAGGUACAUCGAGGAGAACGUGAACAAACACUGGAAGGACUACGACAAGAAUCAAGACGGAAAGAUAGGCUGGGAGGAGUACAAGAACACCACCUACGGCUUCUACCUGGAUGAGGAGUUUGAUGACGUGGAGGACAAGGCCACCUAUAGGUCCAUGCUGACGCGGGACGAAAGACGCUUCAAGACGGCUGAUCGAGACGGGGACGGUAUCGCCACCCGGGAGGAGUUCACUGCCUUCCUGCACCCGGAGGAGUUCGACUACAUGAAAGACUUGGUGGUGCAGGAAACAGUGGAGGACAUUGAUAAGAACGGAGAUGGAAAGAUCGACAUAAACGAAUACAUUGGGGACAUGUUCUCUCUAGAGAGCGGGGAGAGGGAGCCCGACUGGGUGCAGACCGAGAGGAAACACUUCCAUGAGUUCAGAGACGCCAACAAGGAUGGGUACCUGCAUAAUGCUGAGGUGGCGCACUGGGUUCUGCCCGGAGACGUGGACCACGCAGACAAUGAGGCCAAACACCUGAUCCACGAGACGGACACCGACAAGGACCAGAAAAUAACCAAGAAGGAGAUUCUAGCCAACUGGAACAUGUUUGUGGGCAGCCAGGUCACCAAUUAUGGCGAAGACUUAACGAAGAGACACGACGAACUCUGAUGAGUCAUCACAAGAUCAUCGGGAUGGCCUUCUGACACUCUCUGAGCUGCUGGACAACAGCGACUACAUCAUAACCAGCACCAUCACCGACUUUGGAGGGAUGAGGGUGGAUGAGCAUGAUGAACUGUGAAAAAAGCAGCACAGAACAGAAUACACGUUUUCAUGGUGUUCUGCAUAUAUCUAGCUUUUACAAAAAGCCAGCCCCUGCAGAGAGCUCAGGUUCAGCUGCUGCAGAGGAACAGCCUCCUGUUCAGAGAACGAGGACGCUCCAUAUGGAGUUCAUGUUACCGCUGAAACUCCACAGACACUACAAACGAUCCAGUGUUUCAUUUGAUGUUUAAGGUUCAAUUAAAAUGACUUGAAACUC